UCCGGAGGCCCCGGGGGCGUUGGCGGCGGCAGGAAGGGGCGGGGGGCUCCGGAGCCGCGGGCAGGAAAGGACCAGCCCACCGGCCGCCGACAGCCGCGGUCCGGAGCCUCCGCGCCUCUGGCCUCCGCCAUGUGGGGUCUCCUGCUCACCUUGGCCACCGUCGCGCCUGCCGUCCGCCAGGGUCAGGGGGCGCCCGGUGCCUCCGAGCUGGGCCUCGGGCCACCCAGGACCACCGAGGCCCCGGUCUCCCCCUCCGCCCUGCCCGGCAGCCCGGCACCGCCGCCCGCGGGGAAGAAGAACGGCGGCUCCCCCGCGGGGCCCGCCUCUCCCACAGGGACCUCACAGCAGCGUGUCCGCGUCCGUGUCAUCAAGAAGAAGAAGGUCAUUGUGAAGAGACGGAAGAAGUUAACUAGCCCCGGCCCCCUGGUGACCGCCAGGCCCCCGGUGACCACUAGCCCUGCAGGGACCAUGGAUCUUCCUGAGGCGCGGGAACCAGGCUGUCCACCCUUGGGCUUGGAGUCCCUUCGAGUGUCAGAUAACCAGCUUGAGGCAUCCAGCAGCCAGUCUGUGGGCCUUGGACCACACCGAGGACGGCUCAAUAUCCAGUCAGGCCUAGAGGACGGUGACCUGUACGACGGGGCCUGGUGUGCCGAGGAGCAGGAUGCUGAGCCGUGGCUGCAGGUGGAUGCCAGGCACCCUGUCCGCUUCUCAGGCAUUAUCACCCAGGGCAGGAACUCCAUCUGGAGGUACGACUGGGUCACCUCCUACAAGGUCCAGUUCAGCAACGACAGCCGGACCUGGUGGGGGAGCAGGAACCACAGCAGCGGGAUGGAUGCGGUGUUUCCUGCCAAUUCGGACCAGGAGUCGCCGGUGCUGAACCUCCUGCCCGAGCCCCAGGUGGCCCGCUUUAUCCGCCUGCUGCCCCGGAGCUGGCUCCAGGGCGGCGCGUCCUGCCUCCGGGCUGAGAUCCUGGCCUGCCCGGUUCCAGCAGAUCCCAGUGAGCCAUUCCCUGAGACCCCUGCACUGGCAUCGUCCGAUCCUCUGGAUUUCCGGCAUCACAAUUACAAGGCCAUGAGGAAGCUGAUGAAGCAGGUGAACGAGCAAUGCCCCAACAUCACCCGCGUCUACAGCAUCGGGAAGAGCUACCAGGGCCUGAAGCUGUAUGUGAUGGAGAUGUCGGACCAUCCCGGGGAGCACGAGCUGGGGGAGCCCGAGGUGCGGUACGUGGCCGGUAUGCACGGGAACGAGGCCCUGGGGCGGGAGCUGCUCCUGCUCCUGAUGCAGUUCCUGUGCCACGAGUUCCUGCGGGGGAACCCGCGGGUGACCCGGCUGCUCACGGAGACGCGCAUCCACCUGCUGCCCUCCAUGAACCCUGACGGCUACGAGACUGCCUUCCGCCGGGGUUCGGAGCUGGUGGGCUGGGCAGAGGGCCGCUGGACCCAGCAGGGCAUCGACCUUAACCAUAAUUUUGCUGACCUCAACACACCGCUGUGGGAAGCAGAGGACGACGGGUUGAUGCCCGACACUGUCCCCAACCACCACCUGCCCAUGCCCGCGUAUUACACCCUGCCCAAUGCCACUGUGGCUCCUGAGACUCGGGCCGUGAUCGAGUGGAUGGAGCGGAUCCCCUUCGUGCUGAGUGCCAACCUCCACGGGGGCGAGCUGGUGGUGUCCUACCCGUUCGACAUGACCCGGACCCCGUGGGCCGCCCGCGAACUCACCCCGACCCCGGACGAUCCCGUGUUUCGCUGGCUCAGCACCGUCUAUGCUGGCACUAACUGGGCCAUGCAGGACCCGGAUCGCCGACCGUGCCACAACCAGGACUUCUCCUUACAUGGCAACAUCAUCAACGGGGCUGACUGGCACACGGUCCCUGGGAGCAUGAAUGACUUCAGCUACCUCCACACCAACUGCUUCGAGGUCACGGUGGAACUGUCGUGCGACAAGUUCCCUCACGAGAACGAGCUGCCCCAGGAGUGGGAGAACAACAAGGAGGCCCUCCUCACCUACCUGGAGCAGGUGCGCAUGGGCAUUGCGGGAUUUGUGCGGGACAAGGACACGGAGCUGGGGAUCGCUGAUGCUGUCAUCGCCGUGGACGGGAUUAACCACGAUGUGACAACGGCGUGGGGCGGAGAUUACUGGCGCCUGCUGACCCCGGGGGACUAUAUGGUGACGGCCAGUGCUGAAGGCUACCACUCCGUGACCCGGAGCUGCCGGGUCACCUUCGAAGAGGGCCCUGUCCCCUGCAAUUUCCACCUGACCAAGACCCCCAAACAGAGACUGCGAGAGCUGCUGGCAGCCGGGGCGAAGGUGCCCCCAGACCUCCGGAGGCGCCUGGAGAGGCUGAGGAGGCGGAAGGAUUAGCACUGCGGCCCGCUGCAGAGCCCUGGGCAGGCUGGCCCUGUCCGGAACUGAAGGAGGGGGACAGAGAGUGGGGAGGGAGGGACAAAGUGGGGCAAGGUGCUAGGGCUCAUUAAAGC